CUCUCUUUGUCAACCUGUAGGAGAUCUAACAGAAGAGGAAAGUGGAGCACAUCACAAAUAAUGACUCUUGGAUUCAUUAAACGGAAUCAAAUCAUUUUGGAAAUAAACUCAAUAGGCCUGUGUGACAUGGGAAACAACCCCUAAAGAAAACCCCCUGGCAACAAAAGAGAGUCACUCCUCCAUUGAUCUGUCUAGAGACACCGUUUUCUACCAGUGUCACUGGGAAUAAGCACAUCCACUCUCUCUUCUGAACGCUCUUAUGGGUCAAUAAUCUCCAGAAAGCAUCAAUUUGAACAUCAUUUUGGAUUCUUCUGUGUGAUUGUGGGCGAACUCUAGUGGUAGCCAUGUCUGGUAAGGGCAACCCCAGCCCACACCUGAAUGGCUUCCCAAUGGCCCACUAUUCCUAUUUCUUUCCACACAUGCUGGGGGGGCUUUCUCCAACCUCUCUGCCCACCCUACCCCUCAGUGGAUACAACACACCUUCACCAGCCACUAUCGAGACCCAGAGUACGAGUUCUGAGGAGAUCGUCCCAAGCCCACCCUCUCCGCCCCCUCCUCCUCGUGUCUAUAAGCCCUGCUUUGUGUGUCAGGACAAAUCUUCAGGGUACCACUAUGGCGUCAGUGCCUGUGAGGGUUGCAAGGGUUUCUUCAGGCGAAGUAUCCAGAAGAACAUGGUCUACACGUGCCACAGAGAGAAGAACUGCAUCAUCAACAAAGUCACCCGCAACCGCUGUCAAUACUGCCGACUGCAGAAGUGCCUGGAAGUGGGGAUGUCCAAAGAAUCGGUGAGGAAUGAUAGGAAUAAGAAGAAGAAAGAAGAGAAAAAGCCAGAAUGCACAGAAAGCUACACGCUGAGCCCAGACACAGAGCAGAUGAUUGACCGAGUCAGGAAAGCCCACAAAGAGACCUUCCCCUCGCUGUGUCAGCUCGGCAAAUACACCACGAGUAACAGCUCGGAGCGGCGCGUGUCACUGGAUGUAGAUUUGUGGGAUAAGUUCAGCGAGCUCUCCACCAAGUGCAUCAUAAAGACGGUGGAGUUUGCCAAGCAGCUGCCAGGAUUCACUACCCUCACCAUCGCAGACCAGAUCACACUGCUGAAGGCUGCUUGCCUCGACAUACUAAUUCUGAGGAUCUGUACCCGUUACACACCUGAGCAAGACACCAUGACGUUCUCUGAUGGGUUAACGCUGAACCGAACGCAGAUGCACAAUGCCGGCUUCGGUCCGUUAACAGACCUGGUGUUCGCCUUCGCCAAUCAGCUAAUACCUCUAGAGAUGGAUGACGCAGAGACAGGGCUGCUCAGUGCUAUUUGCCUGCUCUGUGGAGAUCGACAGGACCUGGAGGAGGCCGAUAAGGUGGACAUACUGCAGGAACCGCUGCUGGAAGCACUGAAGAUCUACGUGAGGAACAGGAGGCCACACAAGCCUCACAUGUUCCCCAAGAUGCUGAUGAAGAUUACCGACCUGAGGAGCAUCAGCGCCAAGGGUGCAGAGCGUGUGAUCACCUUGAAGAUGGAGAUUCCCGGCUCCAUGCCUCCUCUCAUCCAGGAGAUGUUGGAGAACUCUGAGGGUUUGGAGAGUUCAUCAGGCGGGAUCAGUUCACGGGCCUCUGGCGCUCCUCCAGGCAGUUGUAGCCCCUCCCUUUCUCCAAGCUCCGCCCAGAGCAGCCCACCCACACAGUCACCAUGACAGUCAUCAUUGUUGCCAUCAUUAGCCACUUACCGACUACUGUGUGCCCUCCCCGACACGACAGCAGACAUGUUCAAAAGCAUACGCUCAUAUUGUCGCUCCUCUGCCUGUGUUCUUCAGAGACUAAGGGGAGAUCAAAGGUGUGUUGCCGGAAUUUUGUUGUUUUCUUCCUCAGAUCAGACUGUGAUUGUAUUCCUCCUCGAUUUUGCCACUUUGUUUGCUGAGUCCCUUUGGAUGAAGGGAGGAAAACCGCUGGAGGGUAAAAACAAAAUGCGCAAAAAUGUAUGGACUAACGUGUAGAAGGAAUUAAAGACUUUUCUUCUGUUUCGAUUCUUAUGGCCUGGACGUCUGUUUCAAAUGACCAGAGACUGAUUUCCUACAAACUAAAAAUAUAUAAAUAUAUAGAGAGAAAAUGUGGAAUGACUGUGAUUGAGAACAGAAUGCAAUGUGGACUUAAUGUAAAGAUGCAAAUGUAUUUCCUCACUUUUUCUCUUUAUGCCUGUGAAAGUGAAAAGAGUGAAUUGUUUUAUUUCAGACUGAUGAUGAUGUUUUUCAUGGAGAAAAAAACAUUGAAUUAAUUUCCACUCACAAAAUUGCACAGAAGAUAUAAAAACGGUUGCAACAAA